AUGUCAGCUAAAUCGCCCACAGUCAGCGUGAAGUCGCGCGAGAUCAUCGGUGGCGACCAGUUCAGUCAGCGGCGCGAGGUUUUCGAAAAGCACGACACGGUGUUCCUGCCUCUACCGUCACCCACUUCGCCCGUAACGUCAUACAGAGAGGUCGAGCCCAUCAUCACGUCUAACCACGGCAAAACCACGUCCAACUUCAAGCGGAACACCGGUGGAUACUCCAGCAUGCGCGAGUCGAGGAGCGACGAACGUCAAUACGAAUUCCGAGCGCGAAAAUAUUCCGACAACUUCACAUCCGAAUUGAACCAGAGUGACGAUGUUGACUACAGGUAUAGCACUGUGGAACGAACGAGGCGACUUUCGAAAAUGCGACGGGAUUUUCUAAAUUCAAACCUCCACGAGCCAAGCGAGAGCCCGUUCGCCAGGAGCGGCGUGCGCGCAUCUAUGCCCAACACUGUGAACGUGACGAGAUAUAAGAUAGAGAGUCCGAAGAUUCACAAGUUUCCCUUCGCCGAGCCCUAUACCACACCCACUCCGGUGCGGCGAAUCAUUAUCAACUUGGGCCCAGAUGAAGAAAGUGAAGAGAAGGAAAAUCAGAGUCCCGAAAGUAGAAGAAAACAUCAGAGUCUUCCCUACGAUAGUGGAUCACCUAAAACGGAUCGACAAAAGCUAUUCGAAGAGCUCGUUAAACGAUAUUCACCACAGAGGAAACCAGUCGACUGGACUUUACCUCCAACGAGACCGAAAGUAGUUGGUUCUGUUCCUAAAUCGACAUCCAGUGUCCCUGAAAGCGUUGAUAACACGAAUGAAAAUGAUGAUGUCUUUGAGACAAAGAAAAGCGUAGAGGAACCUAAAGAGCCCGAGAACCACGUAACGCAGGAAAUCAAACCGCAUAUAGAAAUUAUACACAACGGUCCCGACUUACAGACCGAUAAGCAAGAUGAAGAGAAGAAGGAAGAGUCUAAGUCUUCCCUCACAGAAUCAGAGGAGAACGACUACGUGCCAGAACUAUCGACUAUGAAAAGACAAUUGAGCAGGGAAUCUGCAAAACGACCGCCCAAGGACACAAUCGUAGACUUAACCAUUCCAGACCUGAUAGACAAGAUGACCAAGGAAGGCGAGAAUAUAGAGCACCAUAAGACCAACGGGAAGAAAGUAAAAAGGAAAAGGAGUUUUUUGGACAAACUCCUGGGGCGAAAAAAAGAAGUUAAAAGUGAUAAGUGA